CUAAAAAAAAAAAAAAAAAAAAAAUUCUUCGACAUGUACAACUCCAUGUUCUCAAUAUCACUCACCCAUGAGAUCAUAUCUCUACGGGCAAAAGAUGGAGUUCCUUCGCUGGGUAAGCUCUCUUCUUUAAUGGGUUUCUUCGAAUUUUUCAUUAUUUGCAAAGUUUUUUUUGUGAUUCUUACUGCCCUAGAAUUAUUGCGAUGUGUACGUGCAUUGAGAAAUGAUAUUCGGGAUCUCAUGAUUAAAGAGCACCCAGACCAUAUUAUGAAAUUUGAAGCUGAAGCCAUAUACAUGAUCGAUGUCUUGGAAGAACAUGGGGAUGAUAUUGUUCAAAAUUGCUAUUGGGAUUCUACCUGUCCUUUUGAUUUAAGACGUGAUUCCGAUGCCAUUCCCUCUGAUGUGACCCUUCAAUCCAUAAUCUUUGAGAGCCUUGAUAAAAACAAAUGGGAUCGAUGUCUCAGCGAGCUUGUUAAAUAUGCUGCUGAGCUCUGCCCACGCUCUGUUCAAGAAGCCAAGUGUAUUUCUUAGCUGUAUUAUCUUCCAUGUGUUUGCUUCAAGUAUAUUUUCUUAACUACAUCAUCCGUGUAUGGUUUUUUGAGUCUUCUCUGACCCUCAACACUGUCUAUAAGGAUUAGAAAAGUAGGCUUUAUGGAUCAACAAGCCGUUUAAAGGUAGGCUUCUCUGAUCACCCAAAUAUGAUUCUUUUCUUUCCUUUUUGUAUUCUAAAAUCACCUAAAAUUU